GCUGGCUGACUGGCUGACUGGCCGGGCCCUGCUCACAGCGCUGCAGGGCUGUUCACUGCUCUUCACUCCCACGAGAGAUCAGCAGCUCUGACCCGCGAACGAAGCUGAUCUGUGUUCAGAUCAAUCACGCUGCUGCACAGCUCUGAAGCUCUCUACCUGUGGCUGACCUGAGGGGCUGCACACCUCCCCCAGUCUCAGCGCUCCGUUGGCUUGCAGGGGGAUUGUUUUACAGGCUUUGUGGGGGAAUUGCUCAGUUAUACCUCUAAGGAACAGCACUAAUUCAAAGGAUAAUCUUGUUUUCUCCAUGGAGCUUGACAGGUGUCACUCUAUGAAGGUGUGAGGUGGUAGGCGAUCAGCAGCAGCGUCACGACCAACAGUCAGACCAUGGACCUUAGAUUCAGACGGCUGUCGCCUCUCGCCGAGGGAGCUCUUCAUCUGGUGCUGCUGGCCGGGCUGGUGCUGCCGUCUCACGCAGAGAGCAUGCCCAGCUUCAUCAAGUCCCCCGACGAUCAGACAGGGAUUUCGGGAGGAGUGGCGUCGUUUGUAUGCCAGGCAGUGGGUGAGCCCAAACCUCGCAUCACCUGGAUGAAGAAGGGGAAGAAAGUCAGCUCCCAGCGCUUUGAGGUGAUUGAGUUUGAUGACGGCUCGGGCUCGGUGCUGCGCAUCCAGCCUCUGAGGACCCACCGCGACGAGGCCAUCUAUGAGUGCACAGCCACCAACAGCGCGGGAGAGAUCAACACCAGCGCCAAGCUCACCGUGUUGGAGGAGGACCAGAUCCCUCAUGGUUUCCCCACCAUAGACAUGGGGCCCCAGCUGAAGGUUGUGGAGAGAACGCGCACUGCUACGAUGCUGUGCGCAGCCAGCGGCAACCCUGACCCGGAGAUCUACUGGUUCAAAGACUUUCUGCCUGUUGACAUCAGCAGCAGCAACGGGCGCAUAAAACAACUGCGAUCAGGAGCGCUUCAGAUUGAGAACAGCGAGGAGUCGGACCAGGGCAAAUACGAGUGUGUGGCAGUCAACAGCGCCGGGACUCGCUACUCUGCUCCGGCGAACCUUUAUGUCCGAGUUCGCCGUGUGCCUCCCCGUUUCUCCAUCCCCCCCACCAAUCACGAGGUGAUGCCCGGCGGCAGCGUCAACCUGACCUGCGUCGCGGUUGGCGCUCCCAUGCCUUACGUCAAGUGGAUGAGCGGCGAGGUGGAGCUGACCCGGGAAGAGGAGAUGCCUAUUGGCCGCAACGUCCUGGAGCUCACCAACAUCCGACAGUCUGGGAACUACACCUGUGUGGCCAUAUCGUCCCUGGGCAUGAUCGAGACCACGGCCCAGAUCAUUGUCAAAGCCCUGCCCAAGCCACCCACUUCCCUCACUGUGACAGAAACCACAGCCACCAGUGUCACUCUGACCUGGGAUUCCGGAAAUCCAGAACCGGUAUCCUACUAUGUGAUCCAGUACAGGCCCAAACUGUUUGACAACGGCUUCCAGGAAGUAGACGGGGUAGCCACAACCCGAUACAGCAUUGGGGGCCUCAGCCCCUUCUCAGAAUAUGAAUUUCGUGUCAUGGCUGUCAACAACGUGGGCAGGGGGCCUUCCAGCGGUAUUGUAGACACCCGAACAAGUGAGCAAGCCCCCUCAUCACCGCCUCUUCACAUCCAGGCACGGAUGCUGAGCUCCAGCACCAUGCUGGUCCAGUGGGAGCCUCCAGAGGAGCCCAAUGGCCAAAUCCGGGGCUACCGGGUCUACUACAGCUCGGAACAUGACGCCCCGCUCAGCGCCUGGCAGAAACACAACACAGAUGACAGCCAGCUCACCACCAUCUCAGGCCUGACCACAGAUAUCACCUACAGCCUUAGGGUACUGGGCUUCACCUCUGUGGGGGAUGGGCCGCCUUCUGAUGUGCUGCAGAUCAAGACCCAGCAGGGAGUUCCAGCUCAGCCGUCUGGUUUUGAGGCCGAGGCCGAGUUGGACUCACGCAUCAUGCUGUCCUGGCUUUGGCCUGUCCAGGACCCCAUUGUUAGCUUUGAACUGCUCUACUGGGAAGACAGCACUCCUACAGACAAGCAUCAUGAGACGUUCGACCCAGCGGGCUCCCAUGCAGUUGAUGGACUUAAGCCAGACACACUCUACAUGUUUUCCCUGGCAGCAAGAUCAGAGAUUGGUUUAGGAGUCUUUACUCAGCCAAUUGAGGCCAGGACGGCCCAGUCCACCCCCUCGGCCCCUCCCCAGGAGGUACGCUUGCUCAGCCUCAGCUCCACCAGCAUCAAGGUGAGUUGGGCGGCGCCGCCCACAGACAGCCGCCACGGGGAGCUAGUGCGCUACUCCCUGGCCUACCAAGCACUCACAGGGGAGGACGUGAAGCGCCACCAGGUGUCAGGAAUCGCUGCUGAUGUCACCAGCUAUGUGCUGGACGACCUGCAGAAGUGGACUGAGUAUUUGGUGUGGGUGAGGGCUCACACUGACGUCGGGCCUGGCCCGGAGAGCUCGGCAGCCUGCAUCAGAACCAAGGAAGACGUGCCUGGAGCUCCACCCAGGAAGGUGGAGGCAGAAGCCCUCAACUCCACUGCCCUCCGGGUGAGCUGGAAGCCCCCCCUGUCUGUUAAGCAGCACGGCCAGAUUCGAGGCUACCAGCUGGUUUACUCCCGGCUGGAAAACGGACAGCCUCACGGCCAGCCGGUCAUCAUUGACGUUUCCUUUCCUGAAGCCCAGGAGGCCAUAGUAACAGGUCUGCUCCCGGAGACCACUUACUCAGUGACUGUGGCUGCGUACACCACCAAGGGCGAUGGUGCUCGCAGCAAAGCCAAAGUGGUCACCACCACAGGAGCAGUGCCUGGCAAGCCCACUAUGAUGAUCAGCACCACCAUAGGGAACACCGCUCUGAUCCAGUGGCAGCCGCCGAAGGAGAUGGUGGGGGAGCAUGUGGGAUACCAGCUGCAGUACAAGAGAGCAGAGGAGGAAGCUUUCACCGUCAAAGACUUCCGAAAGUCAGACGAUCACUUCACAGUCACUGGCCUCCACAAGGGAGCCACCUACAUCUUCAAACUGUGCGGCAAAAACCGAGCCGGCAACGGGGAGGAAUACGUGAAGGAGAUCAGCACCCCUGAGGACAUUCCCAGCAGCUACCCCCAGAAUCUGAGCGUGGUAGGCCUGACCGCCACCUCCACCAAGCUGGCCUGGGAGCCCCCGCCGCUGCCCGAGAGGAACGGAAAGAUUUUCAAGUACGUGGUGGUGUACCGAGAUAUCAACAGCCAGCACAACAACACCAACAGCACCGCGGAAACACAGAUGACCGUCCAAGGUUUGCAGCCGGACACCACCUACGACAUCAGAGUCCAAGCUUUCACCAGCAAGGGGGGGGGACCAAUCAGCCCCAGCAUUCAGAGUCGGACCAUGUCCACGUCCAUGCCAGUGUUCACCAAGAACUUUGGUGUGAAGGCUGUGAUGAAAACCUCUGUCCUGCUGACCUGGGAAGUGCCAGAAACCUACAAAUCCCAAGUGCCUCUUAAGAUCCUGUACAACCAGCAGAGUGUGGAAGUCCAAGGCAACCUGAAGAGGAAGCUGAUCACAGAGCUGCAGCCGGAUACGGAUUAUUCCUUCGUGCUAAUGAGCCGGGGAAACAGUGCCGGCGGCCUCCAGCAGCAGGUUUCCAUCCGAACGGCUCCGGAUCUGCUGAAAAUGAAACCGGCUCCAUACCAACACGAUGUGGAGGAGGGGGGUAGAGUAACCAUCAGUCUGUCCAGGGCGCCUGCUGAAGCCCACAUCAGGUGGUACUACAUAGUGGUUGUCCCUGUCACCCCGGUUUCUCUGAGAAGAUGGGAGAACCCUGAAGACAUGGACAUACAUGAGCUCUUGGAGCCCGACAGCAGUCUGCAGAGAGAGACGAGUCCGAGCCAGGACGUCCUGCAGCCCUACAUCGCUGCCAAGAUGGACACUCUGCCCGAGAUCUUCACACUAGGCGAUGAGAAGAAAUACAACGGCUAUUACAACAAACCCCUCCCGGGCCAGAAGCAGUACCGCUGCUUUGUUCUGGCAGACCUGAUGAACCACGAGUCUCAGAGGACUUUUGCAGCCAGCCCGUUCUCUGAUCCCAUCAUGGUGAAGCUCCACAGUGGGAUGGCCCGACAAACCGAGGACUCCGAGAUGCUGUGGGUGAUGGGGCCCGUGCUGGCAGUCAUUCUCAUCAUCAUCAUAGUCAUUGCUAUUCUUCUCUUCAAGAGGAAACGAACAUCUCCAGCCAAGGAUGAGCACAUGGCGGGGGUCAAGGACUCACUGCUGGCCCACUCCUCAGACCCUGUGGAGAUGAGGCGACUCAACUAUCAGACACAAGGCAUGGACACACAUCCUCCAUUGCCGUCUGCGACCUGGCGGACACAUAGAGAGACUAAGGCCAAUGACGGUCUUCGCUUCUCUCAGGAGUACGAGUCUAUUGAUCCAGGACAGCAGUUCACCUGGGAGCACUCCAACCUUGAAGUCAGCAAGCCAAAGAACCGCUAUGCAAAUGUGAUCGCCUACGACCACUCCAGGGUCAUCCUCACACCUGUGGAUGGGGUUCCAGGUAGCGACUACAUCAACGCCAACUACAUUGACGGCUACAGGAAGCAGAAUGCUUACAUCGCCACCCAGGGGCCGCUGCCGGAGACGCUGAGCGACUUCUGGAGGAUGGUGUGGGAGCAGAGGACCUGCACCAUCGUCAUGAUGACCCGUCUGGAGGAGAAGUCCCGGGUGAAAUGUGACCAGUACUGGCCCAGUCGAGGAACAGAGACAUAUGGGAUGAUCCAGGUGACCAUGCUGGACACUGUUGAGCUGGCUACGUACAGCAUUCGCACAUUCGCCCUCUAUAAGAAUGGCUCGAGUGAGAAGAGAGAGGUUCGACAGUUCCAGUUCAUGGCCUGGCCUGAUCAUGGAGUGCCUGAGUACCCCACCCCAAUACUGGCCUUUCUACGCAGAGUCAAGGCCUGUAAUCCUCCAGACGCUGGACCCAUGGUGGUCCACUGCAGUGCCGGCGUGGGCCGAACAGGCUGCCUCAUUGUGAUCGAAGCCAUGCUGGAGAGGAUGAAACACGAGAAGUCGGUGGACAUUUACGGUCAUGUGACAUGUAUGCGCGCUCAGAGGAACUACAUGGUGCAAACAGAGGAUCAGUACAUAUUCAUCCACGAGGCCCUGCUGGAAGCUGCAACAUGUGGCAACACAGAGGUCCCUGCCCGGAACCUGUACGCCCACAUCCAGAAGCUCACCCAGAUCCCCCCCGGAGAGAGUGUCACCGCCAUGGAACUGGAGUUCAAGAAACUGGCCAGCUCUAAAGCACAUACCUCAAGAUUCAUCAGUGCCAACCUGCCGUGCAACAAAUUCAAGAACCGCCUGGUGAACAUCAUGCCUUUCGAGUCCACCCGUGUCUGCCUGCAGCCAAUCAGAGGGGUGGAGGGCUCCGACUACAUCAACGCCAGCUUCAUCGACGGAUACAGGCAGCAGAAAGCGUACAUGGCCACCCAGGGCCCGUUAGCCGAGACCACUGAGGACUUCUGGAGAAUGUUGUGGGAACACAACUCCACCAUUGUAGUCAUGCUCACCAAACUCCGCGAGAUGGGACGGGAAAAGUGCCAUCAGUACUGGCCUGCCGAGCGCUCCGCACGCUACCAGUACUUUGUUGUGGACCCCAUGGCUGAGUACAACAUGCCUCAGUACAUCCUGAGAGAGUUCAAAGUCACAGACGCCAGGGAUGGUCAGUCGAGGACCAUCAGGCAGUUUCAGUUCACCGACUGGCCAGAGCAAGGAGUGCCAAAAACUGGGGAGGGAUUCAUCGAUUUCAUCGGCCAAGUCCAUAAAACUAAAGAGCAAUUCGGACAAGAUGGACCAAUUACUGUGCACUGCAGUGCCGGUGUUGGGCGGACCGGUGUGUUCAUCACCCUGAGCAUCGUCUUGGAGAGGAUGAGAUACGAGGGAGCGGUGGACCUAUUCCACACCGUCAAGACGCUCCGAACUCAGAGGCCGGCCAUGGUGCAGACAGAGGACCAGUACCAACUGUGCUACCGGGCUGCUCUGGAGUACCUUGGAAGCUUUGAUCACUAUGCAACAUAACCCCACCCAGAAAGACACCCUCAGAAGAGUUGUGUGUCUCCUCUGAGCCACAUCUACUCCGCUCCAUCAUUCCCUGAGGCCUGAUGAGGAGGCUCUGGGGGGGGGGGGAUUGAUGACGAGGGGACCACAUCAGGACGUUGGGGAUUGGAGGAAAAGAGGAGAGGGGACAGGACAAACUCCUCCUGCACUGGUGCCAUGAUUCUGCCACAGACCCGACACCAAAACCUCCCAAAAAGCAACCCCGAAAGACUCGUAGUCAUGACUCAUUCCAAUUUUUUGACUCAACACUCCCAUCACUCCCCAAUGUCUGCCUCCUCCUUAUAGAAAAAGCAAAUGUCCUGCUAUUUUCAUUUAUAUUCAUCAUGACUAUGUUGUUAUAAAUAGUUAGACUUUAUUUUUUAAUCACUUACACUUGUUCUUGUACGUCUUAAUGGGUCUUUUUUUGAUUUGCUUGUCUUUUUUUAAUUAUUUUUAUUAGCACAAAGGACAUGUAUUUUCAACAUUAAUACUGGAGAUAUACUCACAGCUGCUAAUCAUUUAAUUUUGUACCAUAGAUAUGAUGUUCUAAUGUUAUAAUUAAAACAGAUCACAUGAACGAAAUUUGGGAACUACAAGAUGAAAUAAACCUUUGGCGCUAAUCCCGUCUGAACAACUGCUGGCAUGUACAGAGUCAAUAACUGAAGACUAUUUUUCAGAGAUCCGGACACUUUAAAGAAAUAUAAAGUUGUUGGAAAGGUUGUGUUUUCACAGCCCCUCUUAAUAUAUAGACUCAGGUAGACUAAAUCCAGACCGUCUGUUCUUGAGAACUUUGGUGGAAUAAGUGUGACCAUAUUGCUAUCCAAAUGUGGUUUGUGCAUGAGAAAAUGAAUCCAUUAUGGCACCAAGACUCAAUGCUGACAUUUAAAUGAAUUGGUUUACUUGCCCAACCUUAAAUGAUAAGGCUGGCUUUAUUCAAUAUUUUCUUAGUGUCAACAAAUCCCAUGAAAAAACAAAACUAACAAUGUGCGUCCGUCUGUCGAGACUUUCUUACAAAGCCCGUUGGGUCCUACUAAACUUAUAAUUCAUUGUUGAAAUGGCUCACAAAAAUGUUUUCAAAUUUAAAAACAAGUCACAUUAAUUUCCUAUAACAGAUUGAUACUGUAGUUGAAGGCAAAUAUUACUCAAACCAGAAGGAAAUAGUGCUUUUCUUGGGGUCUAUUUUUAGCAGCGGAUUUAUCCACAUUUGGUGCUCUAGUGAGUAUUUGAGUAUGGCGUGUGUGUUAUUGAGUCCAAAUAAACUUCAGUGUGUGUGUGUGUGUGUGUGUGUGUGUGUGUGUGUGUGUGUGUGUUUAUGGUACUGAAGAGAACAUGUCACCCAGUGCAACACUGUGGCUAACACACUCAAUAAUUAUUAGUAAGAUCAGUUCACUGUUGGUUUGGGUCUGCACAUGGGAUUUGUUGACAAGAAGCAAAAGAUGCUGUAGAAUAUCGCCAGACCUAUUCACAUCUGAAUUUUCUGUUAAACGUUACAUGUGUGAUCCUUGAUGAUGUUAUAACUGCUAACAACGCUCUAAAUCCUAAAAUGUUCCACUCGUUGUUGUUCUUAAACCCCACUCAGAUCACAGCUGAAUUAUAAAAAGCAUUUACAGUGGGCUUGGAAAAAAAAAAAGUAAAAUGUAUAAGAAAAGAAUAUGAAAGUAUGAUGGGCCAGGUAAACAAAAGCACAAAAAAAUGUAUUUUCUCCCUUGGCCUGUUUAUCAGCCAACCAGAUUUUUUCAAGGUAAGGAUGUUGGUUGUCACUUAAACUUAAUGUAGCUCAAAAUGUGUCAUGCAAUCUGGUUUCCGUGUACUUAUUUAGAAAAAUUUCCGGGUAUUUUGUUUUUACAAAAAUAGCCACAUGGACUACAUGUACUGCACCCAACAUGACUCUGACAUCAUACAGGGAAGUGAUUUAGUGAUCUCUGCACAUUUCAGGUUUCUCCUACUUUUGGGUUCGCCUACAUGGCUUUACAUAUAGACAGGGCACACAAGCAGACACACUGGAUCCCCAUGAUAUAUUACAGCUCAGCUAUUGUAUCACUGUGUUGCAGACAGACAGACUUGUAACGGCGAGCAGCAUCGAUGUUCAGUGGUGGAUCUCUGUGGCUUUCACUGGAUGAGAUGACAAAAGGGAGGUGGUUUUGGAUGAAGUGGACCGUAUAAAGGAUUCAUUUCACAGUUGUGCCGUAGGAGUCCUAUCUGUUUAUCUGUAUACAUGAUCUGUUUUCUAUUUGUUAAUAAAAAACAGACUGAAUUGUCUUGAAAA